CAGGAAUCUCAAGCUGGAGCCACUUCCUGAAGUCUCCUCUUCUUUCGCUUUUCAUUCAGCGCUGCUUUAAACGACGUCAGGAAACUUCCAGUCGCCCAAUGUUCGAGCUGAAGUGGUCGGUUUUUCUCUGAAGGUGUCAUCUGAAGGCCAGAAUCUACAGAUCUGAGAUUGCGUGCUGGAACACAGACAGGCAUUCUGUGAGAUCCAGCCAUGGCAGCGCCUUAUGACUCUGGCAGUGUAAAAAAAGCGGAGGACGUGGCCUGCCUGCUUACUGAGGCUAUCAAUACAGGCAACAAAGCAGAGGCAGUAAGAUGUCUAGACGAGCUCCUUCCACUAAACGUGCCUGUGUCUGUGCAGCUCAGUCCUGAAGCCUAUUCUCGAGAGUCCUUCAGGCUGAGAGUUGGGGUUGAGGAUGCACUGUCUGAUGUCAACAUACCUAUCACAAUGCUGGUAAAUCCAGGCAUGACAGUCGCAGAGCUGAAAGAAAAGAUAAAUCGUGACUACCGCUUCCAUCCGUCUCUGCAGUGUUGGGUUAUCGGGAGACGUCUCGCUCAGGACACAGACACGCUGUUCAGUCACAACGUGACAGAGGACAACGACCAGGCCUUCCUCUACAUCAGAUCCGCCCAGGCUGCCAGUUUCAGCCGUGAGCAGCAGAAGCAGGAGGAGGAGGACAGACGGAUAGGAGGUAUAAUUGAGAACAUUGAAACAUUCACCCUGCAAGCCAGAGGAGCGGAGGAGUUAGGAGCAAGAAGGAAACAACCUCCAUUGCUUCCUAAACCUAGAUGUCCCCCACCAGUUCAACCUAAGCCGGUUGGCUGGGCAUGCGUGCAGUGCACCUACGUGAACAAACCCACUCGGCCAGGGUGUGAAAUGUGUAGUGCAGACAGACCCCCAAACUACGAAAUACCAGAUUUGUACCAACCAGAUGAAGAAGAGAUCCAGAGACUUCACCAAGAACAGCUGGCUAGUUUACAGUAUGAACAGUCCAUUAUCGAAGAACGGGAGAAGAACUUUUACAAUCUGCUGGAGAUCGAUGCUCAUGACCUUGUGAGCAACAUGGAGGAGCUGGAGUGCACGAUCUGCUAUUGCCCAGUCAUGCCAGGAGAGGGUGCCACACUCCGAGAAUGCCUCCACAGCUUUUGCAGAGAAUGUCUGAAACAAACCAUUUUGAACUGUACGGAUGCAGAAGUAAAGUGUCCUUACUUAGAUGAUGCAUAUUCCUGCGCCUGCACGCUUCAGGACCGAGAGAUUAAAACACUUCUGUCACAGGAGGAGUACCAGAAAUUCUUGGAACUGAGGCUGAGCAUUGCCGAAUCUCGCAGCGAGAACAGCUACCACUGCAAGACCCCGGACUGCGCUGGCUGGUGCAUCUUUGAGGACGACGUGAACGAGUUCACCUGUGGCAUCUGCAACGAGACAAACUGCCUCCUCUGCAAGGCCAUUCAUAAAGGAAUGAACUGUAAAGAGUACCAAGACGACCUUCGUGUCAGAGCAGAGAACGACACUGCAGCCAGAAAGACCACCGAGAUGCUUGAGAUGCUGCUGCAGAACGGAGAAGCCAUGCACUGCCCUAAAUGCAAGGUGAUUGUGCAGAAGAAAGACGGCUGCGACUGGAUUUGCUGCCUCAUGUGCAAGACGGAGAUCUGCUGGGUGACCAAACAGGCUAGAUGGGGGCCUCAGGGUCAAGGAGACACAUCAGGCGGCUGCAGGUGUCGCGUCAAUGGAGCCCUUUGUCACCCAAAGUGCCAAAACUGUCACUGAUCUCUGUCUCCUCUCCUACCAUCACACGCCGUAUCUAACACCUUGGAAAUGUGGGAGGAAUGCAGUCCUGCGACUAGCAGAGCGAAGCUUUACUGAGAGGGUAAUCAUUGGAAUUGUGAAUCAUUGGUGGGUGCAUCAUCAUAGAAUUCGUAAUCUUCCUAACACAUAGUUUACAAACAAGAAUAUCAUAUAGGGACCAAAUUUUGCUUGGAUAAAUCGAUGACCAAACUGUUUUUUGGAUAUAUUGAUGGCCAGAGUGGGUCUGUUCUUGCACAGUCAACAUUAUAGCAUUAAUUAGGCUGGCUUUACAUGGUGAAAAUUUCAUGCAACUAGUUGCGUGUUGCGAGUUGUCUCCAACAUAAUUGCCAUGCAAUAUGCAAGUUGCUUGGCUCUAAUGAGCAGCCAGAUUAGCAGCUCUUCUUUAUUGAGGCACCGUAUCAUUUUCACUAUACAGUUAUCCAGGAGGUGUAACUCACAUAUUUGCAUCAAUUUGAUUGUAUUUGUAUAUUUUUUUCAGCUGUCAUUAAUAUUUGUUUUUUAUAUCUAUAUUAUAAUAAUAAAUGGUACCACAAGCAGCUCUUUAAACAGCUGUCUGUGUUAUCUGGCUAGUUAACCAGCUGUUUACAGAAACAUUAUCUUUGAAAAACUCACUUUUUUUGUAGUUAUGGCUCAGGAAACUGUCAAAAUCAAAAAAGUACCAACCAUAUCUCCUUUUUGUAACCACCCAAUAACCAAUCUUUGUUUUUGUUUCUUUUUCAUUUGCUGUUUUCAGUGUGUUAUGCAACUCAAGUGCAGUUUAGUUUCAUCUAGGUUUCGAGCAACUAAAGUUGCCUCAAAGUUUCACUGUGUAAAGCCAGAGUUCUCACAGGUCCAGAUAUUAGGGAUUUUCCUCUGUGCUAUUACUUAAGAUGGCAAAGUAGCCAACCAGUUGACCCAAUCAUCCAAAAGUUUGGAAAUACUUCUCAAUCACACAAAUAAAUUGUAAAAUAUAGAUUAAUUUAUCAUAAACUAGAUACAAAAAUCAAUUUUAUGUUUCGUAUUUGAAGCUGGGAAAAACAAUGCUUUUUUGUCAAGUUAUUGGCCUCGUAAUUUAAACACCAAUUGAAAUACAAGCUGUUCUGGAUAUUCGUUUGUUAGGUAUAAUUUUAUUCUUUGUUAUGCACCUUCUUAGUCAUUUAAUUAUUUAUGUAUUUGCAAAAAAAUGGUUUUAUAAUGUUGAAAACAUUAGGACUCAUUAAACAACCAUUGUUAAGAUGAAUUUUCUUCUUAAAACCACUUACGUUUUUACGCAGAUUCUUACAUUUACCAGUGUUUUCUUAUCUGGGAUUUGUUCUUAGGUAAGAAUAGGAUCUACACACACUCUAGAGCACAAAGGUGCGAACAGUUCUGCGGUUUAAAAACAUGUCAUGAAUCUGACGUAGACUUUUUCUUAGAACCUUUCUCAGGAACAUAUUUAAGAAAAAACAGGGAAAUAUUGGAGAAUGAGGGACUUAAACGGUAGUGUACAUUACAUUGACACCCAGAAGCACUUACAUGGAUUAUAAUGAGCAAAUGCUUGUAGACAGUAUCUGCAGAGUUAGAUACAGUAUUGUGAAAAAAUAUUUGGACCUUUCCAGGUUUUCCCCAUUACUGCAUAUUUGUCACAGUGAACACUCAACUCAAAACACAUUUGUUAAUUGUCUAAUUGAUUUAUGGAGCAAAGUUACCCAACAUAUCAGUCAUCCAUGUGAAAAAGUAAUUUCCUUCCUUAAAAUGAAUAGCUUGCUUUGUCACCUUUAACAGCAACCCACACUAUGAUACUACCACCACCAUGUUUGAAUGCGGGUGUAAUGGUCCUAUUGUGAAAUGCAGAACUGGCAUUAAAGACUCAUCUGUCUGUACAACAGUAUCCCAAACAUUGUCCAGGUGCUUUCUUGCAAAUGUAAGGUAAGCACUGGCGUUUGUUUUGGUUAGCAGUGUUUUCUGCCUUGAUACUGGUCCAUGAGCCUAUCAUGAGCACUGACCUCAGCUUUAGUGUGGUAAAGCUUCUGUAGCGACUAUGUCGGUUUUAAUAGCAAACUUCAGUAUGAGUGAGGUUUACAUUUAAAAGGGCUGGACUGGAUUCAAGCCUGGCUGUACUCAACCAGCUGAAUCUCAUUAUCAGUUAAAUUUGCUGCUUGAGUUAAAAGGGGAGGAACUACAUUUUCACCCAGGUGAUUUGCAUGGUGGCUAUCUUUGCUCCUUAAAUUAAUUAAAUAAUAAUUUAAAAUGUAUUUUGUGCUUGAUAAGGUUCUCUUCGUCUGAUAGAGGAAAUCAGGAACGGGCAAAUACUCUUUUACAGCACUGGAUUCUAGAUCCAGAUUUAAAUAGGUCUGAUUUCGAGAUUCAUAAUCCAUAAUGUGGAUUACGGAAAAAGGACUUGAUUAAUAGCAACUGAUGUCUCAGAUGAAGGAAAAUCAGGUGUGGAUGACGUAACUGGAGCUAUAAAAGUUGAUCUGAAGGCUGUGAUUUUGUUGUUUGAUAAAUGCACUCAUGCACAUGUUUAAGCCUUUAAACUGUUAUUAUUAUUUGAAAACCUAAAUUAAUCAAAUGUAUUUGUAUAUUUGACUGAUAAAAUAAACUUUUAUUAAAAUGAAUAAAAAAGAAACAAAAGCAGAAUAUUUAAAGUUUAUUUGAACUGGAAAAGAAGGCCCAAUGUGCAGUAUUGCAGGGAAAACCUUCAGAUUGUACAAGGGGGAGUGAUUCUUUGUGCGUCACAUACUCAGUUUACUUUA